AUGAAGGUCGUUCUCGCCAUCAAUGCCGGCUCGAGCUCGGUCAAGGUCUCCGUCUACCUGGCCGACAGGAAUGCACCCCCGAGACAGAUUGCAGAGGCCCAGAUCAACGGCCUCACGGCACCUCCGGCGCAACUGAAGUACCUGCGGGGCGAGACAAAGGUCUUCAAGGACAAGAAGGUCGAGGAGCCAUUAAAGACGCAAGACGAUGCCUUCGGGCUCAUUCUCAAGACGCUCAUCGACGACGCCGAGCUUCGAGAGAUCAACUCCAAAGGGGACAUUGCCAUCGCGGCCCACCGCAUCGUACACGGCGGCGACUACGACGAGUCCAAGCUCAUCAACGAGGACACGUACCACCAUCUCGAGACGCUGAGCGACCUGGCGCCGCUGCACAAUGGGCCGGCUCUUACCAUUGUCGACUCGUGCAUCAAGACGCUGCCCAAUGCCUCCAACAUAGCCUGCUUCGACUCGCAGUUCCACGCCACGAUCCCGCCCCACAUCUCGACGUAUCCCAUAUGCCCCGUCACAGCAAAGAAGAAUGGCCUGCGCAAGUACGGAUUCCACGGCACCAGCUACGAAUUCAUCAGUCGGUCGGUGGCAGACUUUUUGGGUAAAGACGUCAGCAAGCUCAACAUCAUUGCGCUACACCUGGGUAGCGGCGCGAGUGCCUGUGCCAUCAAGGGUGGCAAGAGCCGGGAUACGAGCAUGGGCUUGACGCCGCUGGCUGGACUUCCCGGGGCCACACGCAGCGGCAGCGUCGAUCCUAGCCUCGUCUUCCAUUAUGCGAGCGACGUGGGCAAGCUGUCGCCGGCUUCAACGGGACACCUGCACAUCACUCGUGCCGAGGAGAUACUGAACAAAGAGAGCGGGUGGAAGUCCCUGACGGGAACCACCGACUUCCGCGUCAUCUCGGAGUCGGACGACCCGAAGCACAAGCUCGCGUUUGACCUUUUUGUCGAUCGGGUGUGCGGAUUCGUCGGCAGUUACUACGUGACCCUCAAGGGUCAGGUAGACGCCCUGGUGUUCGCAGGGGGCAUCGGCGAGAAGAGCGCCCUGCUGAGGAGUGCCGUUGCCCAGCAGGCAGGCUGUCUCGGAUUCGCCAUUGACGAGACGCGGAACAAGAGCGCCGGCGGCGGGGUGGUGGAGGACAUUGGGGCGGUGGGCGCCAAGCACGGUGUGCUGGUGUGCCAGACGGACGAGCAGUAUGAGAUGGCGCGCAUCUGCGCCAACAAGCCGGAGCUGUGGUCAUGA